AUGCCGCCCCAACAUGUGCCCACUCGUUCAUGGGGGACUCGCUUUGAUACUCUACCUUCUUCUCCUCCUCCUCUUUCUCCUCCUGUUCAGGAGAGCGCCUCGGCCGUGUCAUUUGGCUCUGUCUCUGAUUCAUCCUCCAAGAGAAAAGACGACAAGCUGCCUCAUGACGCUAGCGUCUUUGUUGGAAGUCUUCCUUCGAAUAUUGAUCACGCAGAGCUAACGCGGAUGCUGGCCGACCAUCUUUCGGAGCAUACCCAAAUAAAUAAUAUCAAGGUAGUUCGCGACUCAAAGGGAGGCGUAUGUGCCUUUGUCCAGUGCCAGAAUGCAGAGGCGGCGUCUGCUUUGAUUCAGACAUUGCACUCCAACGAGCCAAAGCCAUUUCUAGGUAGACUUCUUCGUUAUGAGCCCGCGAGAGCUUUCCGAACGUUGCUCGUUUCUUAUCGAGCUCCGAUCCAAGCGAUUGGGCAUAGACUCGAUCAUACUUCCCAGACCAAGGACACCCAAGUCAUUGAGCUGGCAUUGCCUUCAGCGAUGCGAAUGUGGAAACCGAACCCAUCAAGGUUUUUUAAUAUCAUUUAUAACGGUGACGCCGUGAACGCUGAAGCGAGAGCUGCGGCGCAAGCCGACUCGCCUUUGCGAGAUAUCAGUAUAUUCCUACAACCGGUUGAGUAUAAUGCAGACACGAUAAGAAAACUUGCAACAUUUUUCGGCCCAUUGGAAGACUUUGGUUUAUACCCAGGGGUUUCCCAUGAUAAUAAGGCUCACGAGGAUGAUGUAACCUGGAAAUCAUAUCCUGUCCCUCACAACGCUCCUCGGUCUGCUGUCAUGGACAAGUCCUGUUGGGAAAUAAAAUGGGAACACCGUGACGAUUGCGUCAGCGCCUUGAUGACGUUACGUCGGGUCCCUCACCUCACGGUUACGUGGGCGCAUCAACCUCCUACAUUCGGCUUCGAAAACCGCCCCGGAAAUCUUGGCCCCAACAUCAACCCGACACCUUACCCGCUUCAUCCACAAGAUAAUUCGGUUUUGGAACACCGUUCCUUCUCAUUACAAACUAGCCCUAGUCACGUUUCUACCGGGUUAGCCUUGCAUCAGAGGAAUACCAGGGAACCUGGGGUCCAAUUGCAAGCCCGCGACACCAAACCACCAUCGCAAGAUGCAUCUGAAGAACUACGAGGCGUCACCCCAACCGAAAGGUUUGGCUGGACGAACACUGACUUCCCUCCUCUCGGCGGACCUCCCGCGGGUGGUACACAGAAAUGGAAAGCGUGGAGUGAAACCAUUGAAGAAGAACUGCGCGACUCCUCUGCUCUAGGUUCAGACGUCCUCAAAAGCGUACCGGAUGUUAACGGACAAGAACUUGUUGUCCCCGAAACUCCUGGCUUAGAAAUGUCGCCAACCACACCCAGAACCCCUGGACCGAUAUACCCUCUCACCCCGAACAAUGGAGAAGAUUUGCGUAGUGAAUUGUGUGAACUCAAAGAACACCCAUAUUUUCACACCCCGCGUCCGAAUAGGGAACUCGAUCCCACUACCCUCUUUGUAGGAGGUCUAGAAAUGUUCGGGCCAGGCGCCUGGGACGAGGAAAAGGUCAGGAGAUUCUUUUCAAGGUUUGGAGGACUUGAAAGUGUUAAACUUGUGAAACCAAGUAAGAUCUUCAUUCUCGUUACCUUGACUUUUGCGUUCGUCAAGUUCGACAACACUGAAAGCCCCGCACGUGCUGUAUACGAAGAGCAUAACCGUGUUUACGAAGGGCGUGCGAUGCGAGUCCAGCUUCGCGACUGCAACCCUCCUAGAAGCCCUUGGAAACUUAACCGAGGAAGGGGCCGAUUUCAAAACCAAGACCAGUUCAGCCCUCGCAAAUUCAUUCUUCCAGAUGGGUUUGGCGAUAAAAGCUCCUUCAAUAUCGGACAGGAUCAAGUUAUCUCCCCUUCACACGCCGACACGCUGGAGAGUUCCUUCGCUCCCGAACGCUCCAAGGACACUGUAAGUCUGGGAAACCAACGGGAUUCUGAUCUGUCGGUCGUUCCUCAUAGUCAAAAAUUGGAUGAACGAUUGAGCGCAGAUGCUCCUUCGGGGCCUGCAGCGCAACAAGAUCGAUCUCCAGACUCUUUGCCGACAUCGCACAAGACCGAAAAUUACCGCGAAUGGUAUGACGACCUUGAAUCCCCGGCGAACGCACCUACCUCGCCUAGUUUCAAUUCGUUAGCCUCCGUCAAUACACCGUUCACUCCAUCGCCUUAUCCCUAUCCCCUUUCAAGCAGUCCUUACUACUCCGCGAUGCCUCCGUGGGUGCAUCCUUACGCGCAACAGCCCCCAUACCCGAUACCGUUCUAUAAUGGGUAUCCUGUGUAUCCUUCUCAUCUACCCCCACCUCCACCGGGCUUUGCGACUCCGCCCGGGUCGGAUGCGAACGGUCCCGCAGGAGGGCAGGGUUGGCCGCCAGUCGGCAUGUAUGGGGUAAGCUUAUCAUUGAAUUUGGUUGAGUUCUUCUCGUUUACGCUUUCAAAGUCCUAUAUUCCCUAUCCAAUGCAUCCGCCGCGUGCGCAGGGUACGGAUCAAGCACCCCAAAGAGUCAGCGGCCAAGCGCCUCUGAUGCCCACGGGGUUCAUCCAAAACGACCAAGGUACGCUCAUCGCGAUGUAUCAACCGGAAGCUCUGGAUCAAUACAUGGCUGGAGCUGGAGUAGCUUAUCCUGGUGGCCCACCCCGGCUACAAAAUUCCAGCGGUACCCCCUGGCCGCACUACACUUACCCCUAUCCUCCACGCCACCCAAUCCCAGCUCCUCCAUCCCAACACGCAGCGACAAAUUCUGGUUGGAAUCACCCUGGCCAAAGUCUGCCACCCCAAGCCGUUGGACAGAUCACACAAAAUUCGAACUCACAGCACGCUAAUCCUGGAGGUGGCACUGUAGAAAGGAAUAAUGCUAACCCUCCUCAAUCGAUUACAACUCAUCGGCGUCAGGGGCGACGCGAUUCCCAACUUAUGGUCAACACAAGCCGUAAUAACCCCCGUGGAUUUGUUGGACGGCAUUCUCGCGUAAACGUGCAACCUCCCGUCCUCAAUUUCCAGGGAACGGGCAGUCAGAUGACCAGGAGUUCUGGCGGCUCCGCUGAGUGGAAUCAAUGGGGCUCAAAGACUUGA